UUCGCCACUACAACCGGCGUCGUCUUCGCCAACCCAGCUGGUGUCGCCUUCUUCACUGGAACCUCUUCCUCCGAACUCGAGUCCGAGUCACUCGACGACUCCGCCUUCUUCGACACCAAAACCGGCGUCUUCACCACUACAACUGGUGUCGUUUUCGUCACGACAGCUGGUUUCGCCCUCUUCACUGAAACGUCGUCGUUUGAAUUCUCGCCCGAGGCAUUUAGUAAUUCACCAUAGUUGUGGACUAUGGACUUAUGCACAUAUUUCUGCACUCCUGAGGAUAUCUUUGAUUGACGAUUUGCAGGAGACUUGCUAUUUUGUUUGUCACUGGCAUUAA